AUGUUCCCACCCUCCCCCACCCCGCCGCAUCUGUGCGCAAUCACUGCAUCUGCACGCAAUGGCCACAAUGCGCCAGCGACCAAGCCCCUCAUGCGUGACUUGACUCCUCGACGCCGAUCUGAUGUCCCCACCCUCCCCCACCGCAUCUAUGCGCAAUGGCCACAAUGCACCAGCAGUGACCAAGCCCUCAUGCGCGACGUCGCCGCGUGCUACCCCGGCGUGGUCGUGUCAUCCCCUGCUUCGGUGCUUCGGUCGCUCAUUGAUGGCGUGCCCACGCAGGCGACGCAGGCUAUGCACGCUACCACCGCCGGUUUGUCCCGCCCUCCACACCCGCACAAUCCGCCGCCUUUCGCGCAUGUCUCCUGCCCUCCUGCCCUUCCUCCCUCCACCAACACCUCUCACCAACACCUCUCACCUGCCAUCCUCACCUCUCUCCCCUCUCUCUGCGCCGACCUUGCCAACGCACCCAUCUGCGAUGCUCGGCGAGGUCAGGAUCGACCGCAUGUGCCGCGUUCCUACGCUCCCCCUGCAGAGCCGCCGUAUGCGCGGACGGAUGACGAGAAGGACGAGUUCGCGCAUCCGACUGCCAGCGGCAACAACGUCGUCCGCCGUCGCAAGACACUCAGUUUCGGACCAGUGCUGCCGCAUUCCAUCUACCGCAGGGAACCUCUCGCUACUCGCUGUGUCCCAGCCUCCUCGGUGAGCCUACCGACCCAUACGACGUGGCACAGCGCUUCGUUGAGGACCUCAUCCCUGAUACUGCUGCGGCCAGCCUCCUUCGUCAUUCGCAAGGACUCGUCCGUCAAGGCCAGGCUCACAUUCGUGCAGGUUCCUCAAGGUGAAUCCACUGCAUAA